AUGGCAUCAUCUACUCCAGCGUCCACUCUCUACAAAGAUAUCGCAGAUUCAUCAGCAGAAUUCAGGACAAUCCGGCUCUGUCCGGCCCAACAUGACGAACCUAUCUCUUGUGUCUUAGAGAAUGCCGUGAGAUCUGACAAUCCACAGUACGUCGCCCUCUCCUAUAGCUGGGGUCCUAGGACCAACGACAAGACUAUAUCCAUCAACGGACAAGAUUUCAUCGCCACAGCAAACUGCGAGUCUGCCCUUCGUUGUAUCAGAAAGACAGAUGACCCGGUAACACUCUGGGUCGACGCGAUAUGUAUCAACCAAGAGAACCUGGGGGAAAGGAGCGCCCAGGUAGCGCAGAUGCGCGAGAUCUACAAGCAGGCCGCACAUGUGAUCAUCUGGCUCGGCUGUGAGGAUUCAGAUACAUCCCCAGCUUUUGAACUGCUGGAACAUAUCAGUGAGCUUGGCCGAUAUGAUCCUCUGGUAGCCACCUCAGAGACUGUGGGCACUGCUGCGGCAUGGCAGGCCGUCGAGAAUCUCUUCACAAGAGAGUGGUUCGAACGCAUCUGGGUCGUCCAAGAGGCUUCACUGGCAAAGUCGAUCACGAUCCAAUGCGGCCGCCACGUCAUGUCAUGGACGACGUUCAAUCGUGCGCUGCAGUGGUAUCACAAGGAUAUCGGACACGUCAAUAGAGGCCUCACUCGCACAGAUUCACUACUGCUCAAUGCCUUGGAGGUCAGAAAUGCCUGGGCCAAGCGACAGUACGGAAGUAGGAGGGAACCCAACUUAGAGAGUCUACUCGCCCAAUUCAGCAAUUGGAAAGCAACGGACCUGCGCGACAAAGUCAACGGUCUACUUGGUAUGUCUGACGAACACGCUGUGCCGGAAUUGCAACCAGACUAUACCAAGUCUGUCUGCGAGACCUACACCAACGUAGUCAAAUAUCUCAUCACCCGCGACAAACGACUUAGUAUCCUGGGCCAGGUGGAUAAUCCCGCCAUGUACAUGGGAGAGCCGCCUGAGAACAAACGACUGCCCUCGUGGGUACCUGACUGGACGCCGGACCGACCCUAUCGCAAUCGGCUUUCCGAAACCUAUCGGCCAGAAGGCGACAGCCAAGUAAUGGUGACCUCGACGGGCAUGAUCAUGAUCCCCGGCGGUUUAAAUAUGCCCGGAUCAGGCUACGGUACCUGGGAGCAAGAUUCCAUGGUGAGGGAGGAGAUGAACUUCAAGGCAAGCCUGGACCUGCUGGCCGACUGCUGCUUUCCUACAGGUGCUGAUAGCCCGAUUUACUAUCAAGGAAGAGGACCAGAAUUCGAUCCCGAAGGGACUAUGAGUUUGAAGGGCAUCAAAGUGGACACUGUGCAUUCUGUUACGGUGCCCCUUUUCCGCGCCAAGGAAGACCUCGACGACCCAACCUUUUUCCUAGAGUGGGAAAAGUUUGCCAUCUUGCAGGCGGCCCCUGAUGCUGAGUGUCCGUACGGGGGCUCCUUCGAGGACAAGCUGGACGCGUUCUGGCGGACUCUUACCACGGAUCGCAUCUACACCGAGAGAAGCAACCUGCGGGCUAGGCCCGUCUGUCGAGAGGUCUUCGAGCAAUGGCGCGCCGGGUUGACCAGGAAUGCCAACCCUGCAGUUGCGCAUCGACCCGAGACCGCGGACACAGUGGACUAUAGCGACGAGUCUGCGGCGUCCAGGCUACUCUACGGCAUGUUUGCCCAACUCCACCUGUCGGGUGAUGCGCCGCCUGACCUUCUCCGUGACUAUGAGGCGUGGAAGCACCACCUCUCGCAGCUCGAGUCCCCGCCGCCCGAGCCUCCGAAUCCAGCACCAUCCGGGCCGCCAGAAGAGUACACGCUGCCGAACUUGGAGGCCUCCCUGCGCAUCUGGUGCUUCGCCCGCAAACUAGCACGCACCAGUUCCGGCCGCCUGGCUCUGGUGCCCGAGCACACGCAGCCCGGCGACCACAUCUACGUCCUCUACGGCGGCAGCGUCCCGUACGUCGCGCGGCCGCUCCCGGGCCGGGGCACCGUCAAGGGCUACUGGGUCGACGAGCUCGGGGAGCGCGGCGAGGUGGGGGCGGCCUACCGCGUUAUUAUGCCUAUGCACCAGUUCCUGGGCGAGGCCUACGUGCACGGCAUCAUGGACGGCGAGGCGCUGGGCUACCCGCCCAUCCAGCGGACGCAGCGCCUCCGCAGGGUCGAGGUCCCGGUCUCGGGGGCCAGGGGAGAGCCGGAGUUCGAGGCCUUGGACAGCCUGACGGUGUUCAAGUAUGUCUCUGACCCCCUGACUCCGGAGCAAGAGGAACUCGUUGCCGAAUGGCGGGAGGGGCUGCGGGCCAGGGAACAGGAUGUUUGGUUCGAUCACGUCACGUCGGUCAUGUUGUAG